CAUGCGGUGCCUGUCUCGCCGCCUGGUACUGCCGAUCUUCGGGGUGCUCUGGAUCACCGUGCUGCUGUUCUUCUGGGUAAACAAGAAGAAGUUGGAGGUGUCGACGGGACCUGAAGUGCAGACCCCCAAGAUUUUGGAAGCUGACUGGGAUGACCUGUGGGACCAGUUUGAUGAGCGGCGGUAUCUGAAUGCCAAAAAGUGGCGCGUGGGUGACGAUCCCUAUAAGCUGUAUGCUUUCAACCAGCGGGAGAGCGAGCGCAUCGCCAGCAACCGGGCCAUCCCGGACACUCGCCACCUGAGGUGCACUCUGCUGAUGUACUGCAGGGACCUCCCUCCCACCAGCAUCAUCAUCACCUUCCACAACGAGGCCCGCUCCACCCUGCUCAGGACCAUCCGCAGCGUAUUAAACCGCACCCCUAUGAAUCUGAUCAAGGAAAUCAUACUGGUGGAUGACUUCAGCAAUGACCCCGCCGACUGCAAAGAGCUCAUCAAGCUGCCCAAGGUGAAGUGCUUGCGCAAUAACCAGCGGCAAGGUCUGGUGCGGUCCCGGAUCCGGGGUGCCGAUGUUGCCCAGGGCACCACUCUGACCUUCCUCGACAGCCACUGUGAGGUGAACAGGGACUGGCUGCAGCCGCUGCUGCACAGGGUCAAAGAGGACAACACGCGGGUGGUGUGCCCUGUGAUCGAUAUCAUCAACCUGGACACCUUCAGCUACAUCGAGUCUGCCGCAGAGCUCCGAGGGGGGUUUGACUGGAGCCUCCACUUCCAAUGGGAGCAGCUCUCCCCGGAACAGAAGGCUCGCCGCCUGGACCCCGCUGAGCCCAUUAGGACUCCAAUCAUAGCUGGAGGGCUCUUCGUGAUGGACAAAUCCUGGUUCGAUUACCUGGGGAAGUAUGACACGGACAUGGACAUCUGGGGUGGGGAGAACUUCGAGAUCUCCUUCAGAGUGUGGAUGUGUGGGGGCAGCCUAGAGAUCGUCCCCUGCAGCCGAGUGGGCCACGUCUUCCGGAAAAAGCACCCGUAUGUUUUCCCAGAUGGAAACGCCAACACGUACAUAAAGAACACCAAGCGGACAGCAGAAGUGUGGAUGGAUGAAUACAGGCAAUACUAUUAUGCUGCCCGGCCGUUUGCCCUGGAGAGGCCCUUUGGAAACAUUGAGAGCAGAGUGGACCUGAGGAGGAAACUGCACUGCCAGAGCUUCAAGUGGUACCUGGAGAACGUCUACCCAGAACUCAGAGUUCCCAAGGAUUCCUCCAUCCAGAAGGGCAACAUCCGACAGAGACAGAAGUGCCUGGAGUCUCAAAGGCAGAAAAACCCAGAGAUCUAUAACCUCAGGUUAAGUCCAUGUGUCAAGAGCAAAGGCGAGGAUGCAAAGUCCCAGAUCUGGGCCUUCACAUACACCCAGCAGAUCCUCCAGGAGGAGCUGUGCCUGUCAGUCAUCACCUUUUUCCCUGGUGCCCCAGUGGUUCUUGUCCUUUGCAAGAAUGGAGAUGACAAACAGCAGUGGACCAGGACCGGCUCCCGCAUCGAGCACGUGGCGUCUCACCUCUGCCUAGACACAGACACAUUUGGUGAUGGCACAGACAACAACAGGGAAAUCGUGGUCAACCUGUGUGAGUCCUCACUCAUGAGCCAGCACUGGGACAUGAUGAGCUCGUGAGGACCCAUGCGGGAACCAGCGGGGACUGUGGGGCAGCGUGUCCCCGGAGGAGAGCAGACUGGAACUCAGGCUGCGAGCCGCCCGUGACUGUUGCAGAUGCCCUGACCUGGGAGGUGGAGGCAGAGCCCCCCAGGGCAGGAGCGGCUGUCUCAGGGAGGAUGGAGGAAAAGUUACAAGCCAAGUGGAGCUCCCAGGCACACCCCGCCUCUUCUCAAGGCCAUGAAGCUCCAGUCCCAGCCUGAUCUGCCCCUGAUUUGUGUCUGGAGACAGAUCUAAUGGGAAGCGUUCGUGUUUUUCCCUUGCUUACAUGAGAAGCUGGAGAGAAAAGUCACUCACUAGGCCAGGGCUGAAUUGAAAGUUAA